AUGCCCCGGCACCUAUACAAGAUGAACAACGAACCCAAGUUCCCAUCUCUUCUACACAAUACAAUGGAAAAAUUAGGAUUUCACAAAGUGUCCAAUAACCCCGGUCCCGGGAAUCCGGUCAUCUCGCACAGUCAACCGGCUAGAAAAGCGCAGUCUGGGCCCAAUUUCAAAAAGCAACUUAGAGUAGAAGGUGCCCCCAAUAACCAAGUUGCCCUCACCAAUUUGGUGGCGGUGCAUCCCUCUGACUUCCCAGAUGUUCCUGAUAGAACCAACGUCAUCAUUGAUGGAAACUUUGUUUACGGCAUUGUCAAACACCUGGCUAUGGAACCAGGCUGUAUUGGAUUAGCUGGCAAAUCGCGUCAAUGGUGUAGAACGUCUUUGGGUCAGCAGGUGACAGUUGAGCUGUAUAACAUUUUUGACCGCAGCUUGGAUGACACACAUUACUUGGGAGAACUUGAUUUGUUGAUUGAUUACAAGCAGACGUCGAAAGCAACGCUGGCUUCUCUUAACGAAGAAGAUCUUAUCAAUGUGUUUCUUUCCAACUACGAAAAUCAAAUCUUGCAGCCUACACAACCAUUUGUGAUGGAUUAUAAAGGAAUGUACUUCUCCAUCUAUGUUUACGCAUGCCAAGUCAUCAACUUGAAUCAUUUAGGCGAUCUGGAACGUAAAAUGUCUCAAGAUAUACAUACCAAAGGUAUUUUGAUGAAAGGUGGUACGAAUGUGAACUUCUUUCCUGUCGAUGGCUCGCCUAUUCAAUUGAUGAAAAAGAAAGGCGGCAAAUCCUCGGCCAUGAUCAACAAACCAAGAGCAAACCCCAUUAUCAAUCCUGACUUCAAGUUGGAGAGUAUGGGAAUUGGUGGUUUGGACAAUGAAUUUCAACAAAUUUUCCGGAGAGCGUUCGCUUCACGUAUUAUUUCCCCUGACUUGGUGGAUAAGUUAGGAUUACGUCACGUCAAGGGUCUCUUGUUGUUUGGUCCUCCAGGUACGGGUAAAACCUUGAUUGCGAGACAAAUUGGUAAAAUGUUGAAUGUCAAGGAACCAAAGAUUGUGAACGGUCCGGAAAUGCUUUCCAAAUAUGUUGGAUCUUCCGAAGAAAACAUCAGAAACUUGUUCAAGGAAGCUGAAGCGGAAUACAAAGCAAAAGGUGAAAACUCCCAGUUACACAUUAUUAUAUUCGAUGAGUUGGACUCUGUCUUCAAACAAAGAGGUGGCAGCAGAAGUGAUGGUACUGGUGUUGGAGAUAAUGUUGUCAACCAACUUUUAGCGAAGAUGGACGGUGUGGAACAAUUAAACAAUAUUUUGAUCAUUGGAAUGACAAAUAGAUUGGACUUGAUUGAUAAUGCGUUAUUGCGUCCUGGUCGUUUUGAAAUCCAGAUUGAAAUUUCAUUGCCUGAUGAGAAGGGUCGUAAGGACAUUUUGUUGAUCCAUACUAAGAAGAUGAAGGAUAAUGACAUGCUUGGCAACGACAUCGACUUUGAUGAAUUGGCAUCUUUGACCAAGAAUUUCACUGGUGCUGAAUUGGAAGGUUUGUGUAACUCUGCCUCGUCUUUUGCCAUCAGCAAAUUCACAAAGAGCGAAAAUAUUGCAAAGGUCGAUGAAAACAUCUCAAAGAUGAAAUUGACCAGAGAUGACUUUUUGAUGGCUCUCAGUGAAGUUAAACCUGCCUUUGGUGUCAAUGAAGAAGACUUGAACUUGAACUUCCCUUACGGAAUUAUCGAGUACAAUCGCAAGGUACAUUCUGUUUUCGAAAAGUUGAGAUCUUACAUCGAGGAAGUCAAGAACUCGGACACCGAAAGACUUAUCAGUGUUUUAUUACAUGGCGAACCUGGUGUUGGUAAAACCGCUAUUGCGUCCAUGUUGGCCUUGAAAUCGGAAUUCCCGUUUAUCAAAAUGCUAAGUGCGGAGAGUUUGGUUGGUAUGUCAGAAGGGGCCAAGAUUGCUACUAUUGAUAAUAUUUUCAGAGAUGUUUACAAAUCUCCAUUGAACGUGCUUGUGAUCGAUAAGAUUGAAACAUUAAUUAACUAUGUUCCAAUUGGCCCUAGAUUCUCUAACGAAAUUUUGCAAAUGUUGAUUGUCAACUUGAACAAGAAACCUCCUAAUGGAAGACGUCUUCUUAUCAUCGGAACAACAUCUCAAUAUUCUGUGAUGAAACAUAUGAGUUUGGUGGAAAACUUUACCAAGACUAUUGAGUUGAAAAAGAUCAAGCAACUUGAUGAGGUUCAAGUGGUCUUUGAGAAAUUGAACUUCAUGACUCCGAAUGAGCGUGUGGCAAUCCUUCAACAAUUAUCUAGCUACGGUGAUGGAACAAUCGACAUUAGUAUCAAGAAAUUGAUCCAAGUGAUGAUGAACUGCAAAUACUUGAAAGCUGAUGUCGAUCUUGCCGUGGAAAAUAUCAUUGAGGCACAGGUGAGUUAA